UUGCCCAGCAGACCCUCAUCAUUGGACUGCGUCAGGAGGAAGUGGCCCCGCUCCGAGGUAGAGGAAGUAGAAUUAUAAAGGGGGAGUCCACCACACAUGGUUUUGAAGCUUUUAUAAAAGACAACGUGCAUGCUUUGUUGGACGUUGUUGGAAAGAAGCAGAAACAAGCAGACGAAAACAUCCCAAAGGGUAACCACUAGUGUUCUUGCAACAUUCAUCCCAGGCUUCCAGCCCAGCCCACCCCAGGCCAGGUGAUCGGCCGCCACAUCCCCUGCGACUGAAGAACCUGCUCCUCCAUGGACUUGCCAAGAGCCGAGCGCCUUCGCUCCACGCUGCAGCGCAGCCUCCGGGACUCCGAUGGGGAAAACGGUAAAAUCAAUGUCCUGGGAGAGGAGGUAAAUGAAGACGAGGAGGAAGACGAGGAGGAGGCAAGCCAGCAGUUCCUAGAGCAGCAGCCCCAGCUGGAGCUGCAGGUGGCGCGGCGGGGCGGGGGUGAGCUUCCCAGAGAGCACAACGAGGGCGGCGGCGGCCCGAGCGACCCCUCAGACUUUGGCACCAAGUUCAGGAUACCGCCGAGGUAUGCGGCGGCCUCUGGAGACGCCUCGCAGGCGGCAAAGCCCCCCUACUCGUACAUCGCGCUCAUCACUAUGGCCAUCCUGCAGAGCCCGCACAAGCGCCUCACUCUCAGCGGCAUCUGCGCCUUCAUCAGCGGCCGCUUCCCCUACUACCGCCGCAAGUUCCCCGCCUGGCAGAACAGCAUCCGCCACAACCUCUCGCUGAACGACUGCUUCGUCAAGAUCCCCCGCGAGCCGGGCCACCCAGGCAAGGGCAACUACUGGAGCCUGGACCCCGCCUCCCAGGACAUGUUCGACAAUGGCAGCUUUCUCCGGCGCAGGAAGCGUUUUAAGCGCCACCAACCGACCUCGAGAGCCCACCACCUACCCCACCCCUUCCCUCUACCCGCUUCUCCGGCCGCCCUGCACAACCCCCACCCGAGCCUUGUGCUUGGGGCCCCUGCCCCGCCGCAGCCUCUCCUGGGGGCCUACUCCACCGCCGCCCCCGGGAGACGCCCAUGCGCUCUGCUGCACCCGCAUCCUCUUCGCUACCUACUGCUCUCGGCCCCCGCCUAUGCAGAGGCACCGGGGAAAGCAGAAGGCGCCGACCUGGUGACCCCUGGCACCCUUCCAGUUGUGCAGCCCUCGCUAGGUCCCCAGCCUUGGGAGGAGGGCAAAGGUCCCGCGUCGCGACCAGAAGGUGGAUGCAUCUCUUUCAGCAUUGAGAGUAUUAUGCAAGGGGUCAGGGGAGGCGGUACCGGGGCUUCGCAGAGUUUGUCCCCGACCCCUUGGAGCUACUGCCACCUGCUGCAGCGCCCAUCAUGCCUGUUGCAUCCCCAGACCGCUGCCCCUUUGCUGCACGUUUCCGCCGCCACCGCUGCUCGGACAAUUUUGCAGCAACAGCAGCAGCAUCAGGAGGAGGAAGUCUGCGCCGACGGCUGCGCUCCCACCAAGGGCGCGGUGCUGGGAGGGAACCUGUCUGCCGCCUCGGCGCUGCUUAGGUAUCAGUAUCAGGCAGUGGCAGAGGGCUCUAGGCUGAUUUCGCGGGCUGUCCCUUUGGGAGGAGAGGGGACCUCACCUGCUUUUUGAGUAGCACCCACGCCCAGUUCCCUGGCCAACUCUGCAGGGCGCUCCAAGAGCUAGGUGGGAGGGCGGAGCGACCCGCAGCUGCUCACUCCACCUUGCGCGGCCCAGAGUGGGCCUGUGCAUUUGAAUCGCGCUGCAGAGAAAACACAAACUUCUGUUCGCUGCAAAAUAGUUAAAGGAACAGCUGGAUUCCGUUCCUCUAAAAACCACCUGAACGUAAACUUCGAAGGGCGUCAAGUCAUUUUUUCUUGCCUUCAGUUGUGGCUUCCACGGCUUUCCCGAUUUGCACAUUUCCCGGGAAACUAUGAAAGUGAGUGGGUAUUUUGUUCUGGUAUUAAAAGUAAAACAAGCAAGCAAACAAAAACACAGCCUCCGACGCCAAACAUGUUCCCCCUUCUUCACUUCCUUGGAACUGGAAGUAUUAUUCUAAGUGCAAAAUGCGUCCACCCUCUGUGUCUUCCUGAUAGGGAUGUGUACUGUAAGUAGGAUGUUAAUAUCAGAACAUUGGUAUCUGUGUGACUGACGUGCCAUCUUUCAUGUUAAAAUUAAGGUAUUAAAAUUAAGCCUAGUUAUAUAGACGAAAUAAAAUGCUAAGUCACUACACUA